CGCAUGAGGAUACUGUUCAAAAGGAGAAUUUUAGGGUUUUUCCCUCUCCCCAGGCAGCAGAUGAUCCUUUUCCUUCGUUGCUGCAGCUGCAGGCUCUGGCUGCUCCCUGCCUGCCUGUGCUGAGCAUCUCCCUCCACACCAACUUCCCGGGAAAACCCUUCAUGCAGCUGCCAUGUGGGGCUCCCCGGGGCCCAUCCCGCUGCUCCUGCUGCUCGCUGCGCUCCCCGUGCUCGCGGCACUGAAGGUGACCCCAGCCGUGCACUACACCAAGCCCAAACCUUCCCAGCUGGCGGCCUCCGCCGCCUCUGUCCCGGGGAAAGCCCCAUUCCCAGCAGCGCCGGGCAGAGCCGAGCUCCCCACGCUCUUCCCCUGGGAGAAUUCCACGCUGGACUCGGCCGAGUUCUUCUUCAACUGCUGCGACUGCUGCCCGCCCGCCGCGGGGCCGCGGGGCCGGCCGGGCCCACAGGGCCCCCCAGGUCCCAAGGGGGAGAAGGGAGAUGCUGGGCUGCCAGGGCUGCCGGGAACUCCUGGUCCUCAAGGUCCAAAAGGAUCUAAAGGAGAAAAAGGAGGAAAAGGGGAGCAAGGGGAGCGAGGAGUGAGUGGAAACCCCGGUUAUCCAGGGAAACCUGGGCCGCAAGGUGAAGCCGGAGCCAAAGGCAAUAAGGGCAGCUACGGCUUCCCUGGACUGAAGGGACAAAAGGGGGCUAAAGGGGACACCUGUGACAACGGGACCAAAGGAGACAAAGGGGACAGGGGGGAUCCUGGAGAGCCGGGAGCGGGCGGGGAACAGGGAGACAAGGGGGAAAAGGGGGACACGGGGGAAAAGGGAUACUGUGGGGAGCCAGGUGGGAGAGGGGCCAAGGGAGACAGAGGGGAAGGGGGCACCAAGGGGGAAAAGGGCAGCAAAGGGGACACGGGCACUGAGGGCAUCCGGGGGGCGGAUGGCAGACAGGGAGAGAAGGGCGAGCAGGGCUGCAAGGGUGACAAAGGGGACCUGGGCCCCGUGGGCACGGCGGGCCCCAGCGGGCCCAAGGGCGACCCUGGCACCAAGGGCGACCGCGGCGGCCCGGGCAGGAAAGGCUCCCGCGGGGCCAAGGGUGCCCGUGGGGACGUCCCCAAGCCCCCGCGCUCGGCCUUCAGCGCCGGCCUGUCCAGGCCCUUCCCUCCUCCCAACGUGCCCAUCAGGUUUGACCGCGUGUGGUUCAACGAGCGCGACGAUUACAACCCCGCCACGGGCAAGUUCAACUGCAGCGUGCCCGGCGCCUACGUCUUCUCCUACCACGUCACCGUGCGCGGCCGCCCCGCACGCCUCAGCCUCGUGGCCAGCAGCAGGAGGGUAGCCAAGGCCAGGGACACCCUCUACGGGCAGGACAUCGACCAGGCCUCCUUCCUGACCAUCCUCAAGCUGAGGGUGGGGGACCAAGUGUGGCUGGAGGUUGGGAAGGACUGGAACGGGCUCUACGCCGGCGCGGAGGACGACAGCGUCUUCACGGGGUUCCUGCUGUACCCUGAUGGUUUUGAGGUUGUGCUAUAAGUUUAUAGCGUGAAGAUAAUACUGAGGAACAUCUUUUCCCUCUGCUGUGAGAGGAGAAAAGGGUAGCACGUUGGUUUAGCUGUUAUUUCCGUGAUAUUUGAACAAAAAUGUUUCUAUUUGCAAGGUAUGGAUUAGUUUGAAGAAGUCGCACGUCCUUUGUUCGUUGUCCAAACAGCAGCAGGACAAGCACGGGGAGGGCAUUUCCCAUCACAGUUUGUAAUAAGCAUAUUCAUGUCAUGGAAUGGAACUCCCUUCCCAGCUCCUGCAGUCCUUGCAUGGUCCAAACCCCUCUAGGAAUCAGUUGUGAUCACCUCUGAUUUCACUAAAAAUGCUACAGUUUGAUUUAUAGAGCUCAGCCAGAUGGGAACAUGAGCAGUAGGUUCCUUGAAAUCACCUGAAAAGAUUUAAAGUUCUUCUCUCAUUGAAUCAGUAUUAUUUAGUGCUUUAGUCUUGGUCAUGAAUUGUAUAAAAAUUUGUCUAAAAGAGUAUUAGAUCAGUGUAAAAACCCUCCUAACUGUUGGUCUUAAAAAUAAAUCUGAAACUUUCAAAAGUAGCUGAGAGAUGAAUAUUUUACCUUAUUGGCCUACUCACACCUCCAGUUUCUGAGCCUCUGAUGCUGUGGGAUCAUCCUUGGGCAGCCAGGAACAGAUUUUGGAACCCACUCGAGGUUUUGUGAUGGCCCAGAGGGUCUGAGGGCACAUUAAAAAAGCCUCACGGAGACCAUUUCACCAGAAAACCUUAAUCCAAGCUGUUUUCCACCUUAAAAAUGUUGAAGUGUAAAAAAAAACCCCUCAUUUUGAUCUGGUUUUCCUCAUUUUUCACGCCGUGGCAGAAUGACAAUGGAUUGAUUGAGGAUGUGCUUUGUCUCAUUAUGGAGCCCUGCUAAAAAAAAAAUGGCAAAAUAUUUGUUCCCUUUCACUUCUGCUUCUAUUAGCAGGGAUUUGUGUGGUAAAACUGUCUCCUCUUCAGGCUGCAGUGAAGCAUUUUGACACUGGUGGAAGAAAAUAAAUGCUCAGGGUUCUAAUCAGGCGAGCAGCUCUUGUCAAUUAUUAUGAAAAAUUAUUCCAAGCUGACACAAGGCCAUAAAAACACCCCUUUUCUGGUGUGUUCCAUGGUUUUUAAUCAAAUAUUCCACAGAUUAACACUUAAUUCCAUGAUUUUAGUGGCAGGACUGGGUUUUUUAACCAGAGGAACAGCAGCAGCAGCAGCAGCAGCACUUUGCUUCUCCCUGUGCUUCCUGCCCUGGCUUUGGGGCUUUCUAGGUGCUCUGUGUUGCCAAGCCACUGUUCCCAUCAGGAAUCUCCCCAGCUGAGCUGUGUUUGCCCCGGAACGAAGCAACACGAUAAUCCAAAUUUCUGCAUUUCAGCUGAAAUAGGCCUUGGUUUUUUUGGGAAUUCUGUAGCUUUACUUGCAGCUGCUUGGCUGCUGAAAGGUUUUCCUUUUUGAAAGGAGGGAAAACACCUUUUGAUUGGAGUUAAAGGGGAUUAUGGUGUGAGCACUGCCGGUUUUCCAGUGGUUUGUAAAAUGCUGGAGCUGCUUAAUAGGGAAUAUUUAUGGUGGUGUUCUCUAGGUAGAGCCACUGGUGUUCAUUCCCAGGAAAAGCUCUGCCACAGUUCUGUGUGCCCUGUCUGAAAGCUGCAGUUUCACCAAUAUUCCUUGAAAAACUUUCAGGCUGGAAGUGUCUGCACCAGGAAAAGAUUCAAUGUGGAAACAAGAAGGGUUUGCUGCUGGGUGGUUUUCUAUUAAUAUCAUCUGUUAGAUUCCUAAACUUAGAUGUGGAUAUUAAAAGUUUCCAAGUCUAUU